AUGGUGAGACGGAUGGGAUGGGGGGGGAGAAAGGGGCAGCAAGAGAGAUGGGGGGAGCGAGAGCCAGGAGCUACACUGUUAGCCCCUUUGCUCCCUCCUUCUCGGUGUCUUGGGCCUGGAAGGGGUAGGAUCUCUGUUUUUUCCAUGUCUCCAACUCCCUACACAAGAAGCUCCCCUUCCCCAUUUCUUGCUUCCAUCCCAUGGCCCCUUAGCCCAGCCAGGACUUCAGGUGUAACUCAGCCCCACAUCAAUGACUCCUCAGCCCCAGAAACCUCUUCUCCUCAUGGGGAGUCUUCUGGGGCCCUUUCCUCUGCUCCAUCUGGCCUAAGAUCCUACUCUACCCCAUGCUUGGCCUCGGUGACUACCAUUCCCUCACAGUGGUCCCUCCAGAACUCCCCUGGGCUUCGGAUGGGCCCCCUGAUCCCAGAACAGGAUUAUGAACGUCUGGAAGACUGUGACCCUGAUAGGGACUGUGACAACAACCAAGACUCACCUCUCCCAGGGGAGGACCAGGAACCCCUGCUCCAUGUGCCUGAGGGGCUCAGGGGCUCUUGGCAUCACAUCCAGAACUUGGACAGCUUCUUCACCAAGCUCUACAAUUACCACCAGCGGAAUGGCUUUGCCUGCAUGUUUCUGGAGGAUGCCUUCCAGCUGGGACAGUUCGUUUUCAUUGUUACUUUCACCACCUUCCUGCUCUGCUGCGUUGAUUAUGAUGUUCUCUUCGCCAACCGACCCGUUAACCAUACCCGACCCGAUGCCCCUGGCUCCCACCAGACCCCUGGGAUCCUUCACAGCAAGGUGACCCUGUCCGAUGCUAUCCUGCCUGCUGCCCAGUGUGCACAGCGGAUACGCGCCAGCUCGUUCCUGAUCUUCCUUUUGUUCCUGGCCUCAGGAUUUUGGCUAUUUCGUCUUCUUCGAUCCCUCUGCAACCUCCUGAACUACUGGGACAUCCGGACAUUUUACAGAGAAGCCCUGCACAUUCCCCCAGAGGACCUUAGCAAGGUGCCCUGGGCCGAGGUACAGUCUCGUCUCCUGGCUCUGCAACGUGGCGGUGGCCUCUGUGUGCUACCGCGGCCUCUGACCGAGUUAGAUGUUCAUCACCGCAUCCUGCGCUACCCCAACUACCUGGUGGCCCUGGCCAACAAGGGCCUGCUGCCAGCUCGUUGCCCGCUGCCGUGGGGAGGCAGCACACCUUUCCUUAGCCAGGGACUGGCUCUCAAUCUUGAUCUGCUCUUUUUCCGUGGCCCAAUUUCACUCUUCCGUGGGGGCUGGGCAUUGCCCAAUGCCUACAAGCGGAACUGUCAGCGGCGGGCUCUUGCUACUCGCCUUCGCCGGACUUUAUUGCUGCUGGCACUGGCCAAUCUGGCUCUUUGUCCACUGGUGCUGGCUUGGCAGGGGUUACACGCCUUCUUCAGCCAUGCAGAACUGCUACGCCGGGAGCCUGGGGCGUUGGGGAUGAGACGCUGGUCCCGCCUGGCCCGCCUGCAGCUACGCCAUUUUAACGAACUGCCCCAUGAGCUUCGUGCCCGUUUGGCCCGAGCCUACCGCCCUGCUGCACGUUACUUGCGGGCUGCUGCGCCUCCAGCCCCACUGUUGGCCCUGUUGGCCCGCCAUGCUGGUUUCUUUGCUGGUGCCUUGCUAGCUGUCCUGUUGGUGCUCACUGUGUAUGAUGAGGAUGUGCUGGCUGUGGAACAUGUGCUGACUGCCAUGACAGGGCUGGGUGUGGCACUGACUGUGGCCAGGUCCUUCAUCCCGGAGGAGGAGCUCUUGGGCCGCUCCCCAAAGUCCCUGCUGCAAGCAGCUCUUGCUCACAUGCAUUACCUCCCAGAAGAGCCCGGACCCAGCUGGGAAGCCAGCACUUACCACCAGAUGUCGCAGCUCUUGCAGUAUAAAGCUGUCUCCCUCCUAGAGGAGCUCCUCUCUCCAGUCCUCACCCCCCUUGCCCUCCUCUUUUGGUUUCGCCCUCGUGCCCUGGAGUUCAUUGACUUUUUUCGGAACUUCACUGUGGACGUGGCUGGGGUCGGGGAUGUCUGUUCCUUUGCUCUCAUGGAUGUGAGGCGCCAUGGCCAUCCCCAGUGGCUCUCAGCAGGACAGACAGAGGCCUCAGUAUCCCAGCGUGCAGAAGGCGGGAAGACAGAGCUUUCCUUGAUGCGUUUCUCACUGGCCCACCCUCGCUGGCGUCCGCCCGGGCACAGCUCCCGAUUCUUGGAGCAGCUUCGGGGCCGGGUCCAACAGGAUGCUGCUCUCUGGGCUUCUAGUCCAGUCCGGUCCCCCCCCACACCUGGUCAAGGUCCCAGCUUUCUAAGUGACUCCACUACAUCUUCACCUGAAGCGCUCCUGGCCAGCCUGCUGUUACAUCCCCUUCUGCCAACCAGGGAACUGAGUCCAGUUGCUCCCUGCCCAGCUGCUGCAACUGCCAGCCUCCUGGCCUCCCUGUCAGGUUCCACAUCCCAGGCCGGCCAAGAUCAGAGUUGUGUAUCUCCAGGGAGUCCUGGGGUGCAGAACCCUGCCCUGCUUUCAGAGCUUGCCUCUGCCGAGAUGAGUCUUCAUGCCAUUUACCUGCAUCAGCUCCACCAGCAGCAGCAGCAAGAGCAGUGGGGAGAAACCUCAGCCACUCCACUCCCAAGAAUCUGGCCCAGCCCCCAAAGGCCACUCACCCCUGAAGAUGAGACCCUGACCUGGCAUAGUGAUGGUACCAGCCCUACCUCUAGCUCCAGCUCCAGCCCCAGACAACAAUGGGGGCCCACAGGAGCCAGUAAUCUACCCCUUGGGGGGUGGCAAGAGGAGAGCAAGGCUCAGAAGGAGCCAGAGCUUAAGCCCAGCAGUGGCUGAGAAGUCAACCAAUUGGGUUCUCCAUUUCAGUUGGGAAGACCAUUAGCCUUCACCUGCUGGCUCUUGUGCAAGCCAUCAUAGCUCACACACCAGGGGUGAUGGGAAGUUUUGAGCUAGCCCCAGACAACCGAAGUGAGGGUGUGGGGGGUGGGCACAUGGGGAGAAACCGGGGGAAUCCCCUGACACAAGCUGAAAGGAGGGGGAGCAGGAGGCACCUCAUCCAGCACCAGUGGCACCUUCUGAGCCCAGGCAGGGAGACAAGAGAAGCCCCAUUUUCAUUUCCAGACCCUUUUUGAAGGGCGGAUCACAGGGCAGGGUCACGAUGCUAUGUGUGGCUGGAGUUAAACUGGCUGGCAGUAAUCAGGCACCGGCCAUGAGGGUCGGCAAUAUCCAGCGAAGGUGGCCGUAAAGCGCCCCCUCUUCUAUUCCCUCCCAGUUCGAUGGGACUCAGUGCUGGGGG